CUCUCCGGCGCCACACCUAGGAACUCCGGGUGGUGGCGGCGGCGCGCUAUGGAGCACGUGACGGAGGGAUCCUGGGAGUCGCUGCCGGUGCCGCUGCAUCCCCGGGUGCUCGGCGUGCUGCAGGAGCUGGGGUUCCCGUACAUGACGCCGGUGCAGUCCGCCACCAUCCCUCUGUUCCUGAGGAACAAAGACGUCGCGGCGGAAGCGGUCACCGGCAGCGGGAAGACCCUGGCCUUUGUCAUCCCCAUCCUGGAGAUUCUCCUGAGACGGGAAGAGAAGCUGAAAAGGAGGCAGGUCGGGGCCAUCAUCAUCACACCCACUCGGGAGCUGGCUGUUCAGAUCGACGAGGUGCUGUCGCAUUUCACGAAGCCCUUCCCGCAGUUCAGCCAGAUUCUCUGGAUCGGAGGCAGGAACCCCGGAGAGGAUGUUGCGAGAUUUAAGGAACACGGGGGGAACAUCGUCGUGGCGACCCCGGGCCGCUUGGAGGACAUGUUCCGCAGGAAGGCCGAGGGCCUGGACCUGGCCGCCUGCGUGAGGUCCCUCGACGUCCUGGUGCUGGACGAGGCGGACAGGCUGCUGGACAUGGGGUUCGAGGCCAGCAUAAACACCAUCCUGGAGUUCCUGCCGAAGCAGAGGCGGACGGGCCUGUUCUCCGCCACGCAGACGCAGGAGGUGGAGAGCCUGGUGCGGGCGGGCCUGCGGAACCCCGUGCGCAUCUCGGUGAAGGAGAAGGGCGCCGCGGCCAGCAGCUCCCAGAAGACGCCCUCCCGCCUGCAGAACCACUACAUGGUUUGUAAGGCAGAUGAGAAAUUUAACCAGCUGGUACACUUUCUUCGCACUCAUAAGCAGGAAAAGCACCUGGUCUUCUUCAGCACCUGCGCCUGCGUGGAGUACUACGGGAAGGCCCUGGAGGCGCUGCUGCGGGGCGUGCAGGUCAUGUGCAUCCACGGGAAGAUGAAGCACAGGCGCAACAAGAUCUUCAUGGGCUUCCGCAGGCUGCAGAGCGGGAUUUUAGUGUGCACCGACGUGAUGGCCCGAGGCAUAGACAUCCCCGAGGUGCACUGGGUGCUGCAGUACGACCCUCCCAGCAGCGCAAGCGCCUUCGUGCACCGCUGUGGCCGCACGGCCCGCAUCGGCCACGGGGGCAGCGCGCUGGUGUUCCUCCUGCCCAUGGAAGAGUCCUACGUCAGCUUCCUGGCCAUCAACCAGAAGUGCCCCCUGCGGGAGAUGGCGCCGCAGCGGGACCCCGCGGACCUCCUCCCCACGCUCCGGGCCACGGCCCUGGCCGACCGGGCCGUCUUCGAGAAGGGCGUCCGGGCGUUCGUGUCGCACGUGCAGGCCUACGCGAAGCACGAGUGCAGCCUCAUCUUCAGGCUGAAGGAUCUGGACUUUGCCGCACUCGCCCGGGGCUUCGCCCUGCUGCGGAUGCCCAGGAUGCCGGAGCUGAGGGGCAGGCAGUUCCCCGACUUCGAGCCCGCGGACGUGGACACGGACAGCAUCCCGUUCAGAGACAAGGUCCGGGAGAAGCAGAGGCAGAAGCUGCUGGAGCAGCGGAGGAGAGAAAAGACAGAAAGCGGAGGGAGGAGAAAGUUCGUGAAAAACCAGGCGUGGUCGAAGCAGAAGGCCAAGAAGGAGAAGCGGAGGAGGAAGGGCAAGAGGAGGAGGGAAGAGGGCUCGGACAUGGACGACGAGGACAUGGAGGAGCUUCUCAGUGACACGAGGCUCCUCAAGAAGCUUAAAAAAGGCAAGAUCACGGAGGAGGAGUUUGAGGAGGGGCUGUUGGCCGGGGCCAGAAGGCCGGUCGGGGCGGCAGCAGAGCUGGGGGUCUCGGACUCGGAGGACUGCUGCUGACCCCGGGCCUCGCGUGCCAGGCGGCGUGUGCUGCGUCCCCGUGACCGGAGCCCCGGCCAGCGCUGUCGCUUCUGUCUGGGGGGGGGGGGCUCUCACCUCCUGGAUGUCCUGCUGAGAACACGCAGUCCAGCACACGACGUAAAACUGAGUGUACAUAUUAGACGUUAGUAUUUAUUUUUUGAUGGGUCACCUGUAAUUAAAGAGCUCGUUUGUUUCUAACGU